AGUCUUGUUGUGAACUCAAACUGAUUAUCAUGUCUCUUCCGGGAGUUUUCCUAUUUUCGCACUAUGUCGAGAGCUUUUGGAGUACAUCUCCUCCUCUGCUGGACUGGUCGUGUGUGCCGACGCUGGUGCUCGCCGUGAUCGCAGUGGUUGUAGCUGUAACCGCGUUGCUAACGAGAACAUCGGAUGCUAAGCACUCGUGUCGUCUACCCGGCCCUCAGCCUCUUCCCUUCCUGGGAACCAGGUGGCUAUUCUGGAGUAGAUACAAAAUGAAUAAACUGCACGAGGCUUAUGCAGAUAUGUUCAAGCGUUAUGGGCCAGUGUUCAUGGAGACGACGCCAGGUGGUGUCGCCGUGGUGUCGAUAGCCGAGCGGACUGCUCUUGAGGCCGUACUGCGUUCUCCUGCUAAGAAACCUUACCGUCCGCCCACUGAGAUCGUGCAAAUGUACCGCAGAAGCAGACCAGACAGAUACGCAUCAACUGGACUCGUCAAUGAGCAGGGAGAAAAAUGGUACCACUUACGGCGCAACUUGACUACUGAUCUAACGAGUCCACAUACAAUGCAAAAUUUCCUUCCCCAAUUGAACACCAUCUCCGAUGACUUCUUGGAGCUACUGAAUACUUCUCGGCAGUCUGAUGGCACAGUAUACGCCUUCGAACAGCUGACAAACAGAAUGGGUCUGGAAUCGGUAUGCGGUCUGAUGCUGGGUUCAAGACUUGGGUUUCUCGAACGAUGGAUGUCGGGACGUGCAAUGGCUCUGGCUGCUGCUGUCAAGAAUCACUUUCGAGCACAGAGGGACUCUUAUUACGGUGCUCCGCUUUGGAAAUUUGCUCCUACAGCGCUCUACAAGACAUUCGUUAAAAGCGAGGAAACUAUACACGCGAUAGUAUCGGAGCUGAUGGAGGAGGCAAAAUCUAAAACCACUGGUAUGGCCCAAGACGAGGCGAUACAAGAGAUUUUCCUCAAGAUACUGGAAAACCCAGCACUGGACAUGCGCGACAAGAAGGCUGCCAUUAUAGACUUCAUAACUGCCGGUAUUGAGACGCUAGCCAACAGUUUGGUGUUUCUUCUGUACCUACUGAGUGGACGUCCAGAUUGGCAAAGACAAAUUAAUUCAGAACUACCACCGUAUACAAUGCUUUGCUCUGAAGAUUUGGCAGGAGCACCUUCGGUCAGAGCUGCGAUCAAUGAAGCCUUUAGACUAUUGCCUACAGCUCCAUUUCUUGCACGGCUCUUAGAUUCACCGAUGACGAUUGGAGGACACAAGAUCCCGCCUGGAACGUUUGUGCUCGCCCAUACGGCUGCGGCUUGUCGUAGAGAAGAAAACUUCUGGCGCGCGGAGGAAUAUCUUCCGGAGCGAUGGAUUAAAGUGCAGGAGCCGCACGCUUACUCGCUAGUGGCUCCAUUCGGACGCGGACGCAGGAUGUGUCCAGGGAAACGAUUUGUAGAACUCGAACUACAUUUGUUACUCGCAAAGAUAAUGCAAAAAUGGAGAGUGGAGUUCGACGGUGAACUGGACAUACAAUUCGACUUCCUGCUGUCAGCAAAAUCACCAGUCACGUUGCGUUUGGUCGAGUGGUAACCAUUUACCGUUAUUCGUUUUCUUUCCUCAAUAUGACACAAUAUAACUUGGUUUGUCUCUUAAAUUGCAUUGUUUGAUGCCAUUAUUGUGUUAAUUUAGAAUCGAUUUAACUGUAUUUUGAGCUUUUGUAAUGGAUUUUACAGACAGCGCUACAAAUAAAGUGAAUUGACAGAUAAAAGAGUAGGUUAUUGGUCAAUGUUCUGGGACCAAUAUUUUUUUGUUGAUUAUUAAUAUUAUAGGCAAUUAAUUCCUAUAAUAUUCAUAAUCAGUAAUCAUUCUGCGUAUUUCAUCAGUUGUUUCAAAGUUAUUUGUAUUACGUUAAGGAUUGUAUGAAUAUAUAAUUUUUCUAUUAACUAAACCAUCGUUGCCAUGACAACCCGUUAGUCAGGGGAGGCGUUACAGGGUAUCGGCAAAUCUGCUCAAAUAACGUUUUUCUUGUUACAUUAGAACUGAUAUAAUAUAUUGUAAGCCAAGAAACGUUUUUGUUUGAAACGUUGAAACGAUUAACAUCAUCCGGGUCGGUCGAGUAUAGACGUGUUAUAGUGACUAUCGUAUUUCUCAAAAAAAAAAAAAAA